CGACAACUCCCGCGACAACCAGGACAACCAGCAGCCAUGGCCCCCGCCCCUCGUGUCUACUCCAAGACCUACAAGGUCCCCCGUCGCCCUUUCGAGUCGGCCCGUCUUGACUCGGAACUUAAGGUUGUCGGCGAGUACGGCCUGCGCAACAAGCGUGAGGUGUGGCGUGUCCAGCUUACCCUCUCCAAGAUUCGUCGUGCUGCUCGUGAGCUCCUCACUCUCGAUGAGAAGGACCCCAAGCGUCUGUUCGAGGGUAACGCCCUGAUUCGCCGUCUUGUGCGCAUCGGUGUCCUCGACGAGUCCCGCAUGAAGCUCGAUUACGUUCUUGCCCUGAAGGUCGAGGAUUUCCUUGAGCGCCGUCUCCAGACCUGCGUCUACAAGCUUGGCCUCGCCAAGUCCAUCCACCACGCCCGUGUCCUGAUCAAGCAGCGUCACAUCCGUGUCGGCAAGCAGAUCGUCAACGUGCCCUCCUACAUGGUCCGUCUGGACUCCCAGAAGCACAUUGACUUCGCCCUGACCUCGCCCUUCGGUGGCGGCCGCCCUGGCCGUGUUCGCCGCAAGAAGGCCGCUGCCGCCGCUGGUGGUGACGGUGAGGAGGCCGAGGAGGAUGAGGAGUAAAUCAUCUCUUAAAAAAGAAAAACGGGAGUACGGUUGGGUUUCGCUUUUGGACACCUCAAAUGUUCUGGGAUGUUCAUGAUGACUAUAGCAUAUCCACAUCAUGUAUGAUCAUGCAAAUUGAAUGAAUCACAAACAGCCAGACGGCUUCAAUUCGGAACCCGAAUUCUUAUUCUUCCCAUCGCAGCUGAGCCAUUACUGGUUUCCAUAUGUACAGUAGAUCUUCAAUC